AAAAUAGCCCACUUCAAAAAUUGGUUGAUUUAGUACAUUUUGCGUAAUUAAUGAUCCUAAAGAAUGUAGCGCAUAUAGCUAGCUAAUGUUUUAUUUUGAAAUGUUAAUUCAUUAUAAUAUUUCUCUGCACCCACUACAGAUUUUGUCCCAGGACAGGGCAGGGGUCGUGCAUCGUGGAUCCCUUUAAAUGGUGACGUAUUUAGGCAGGACAGCGAAUCCGUUCGUCCUGCCGUGGAAUAGCGGAACCACUAUCAGGCAAUGGACCGACUGUCAUAAAAGUCCUGUAACAUUAGCCCUGUUUUUAUAAUUUCUCGCAAUUCUGCACGAGGUUUAUGUUACCCGCAUUUGUCAGCAAUUCAACUGGACCAUUUCACAACCUCUCAACUAGCUUCAGCCAUGAGGACCCUUGUCGUUGGAAUAGGAGGGUAAGUGUUACUGAUGACCAAUGGGGGGAAGUCGACCAUGUCCAGUAGUCUGCACCUGCGGAUCCCCAACAGCUGCAUCAUAGCACAGGAUGCUUUCUUCAAGGAUGACUCUGUGAUAGCUUUGGACAGCAAUGGGUUCAAGCAGUAUGAUGUGCUUGAUGCGCUCCACAUGGACAGAAUGAUGAGCAAGAUUGAAUCAUGGCGGAAGGACCCCGAUUCAUUCCUAGCAUCUCAAAGUCUGAAAACACAAUGCUCUGUAGGAGAGGAGGUGUUUGUGCUCAUCGUUGAGGGCUUCUUGAUCUUCAACUACGGGCCACUUGUUGGGCUGUAUAACCUGUGGCUGAUGAAAAGAACAAGCCUUUGGCCCACCUUUCCUGUGAUUGACAGCUCGAGGGUGUAUACACCCCCUGACCUGCCAGGGUACUUUGACGGAUAUGUGUGGCCAAUGUACCUGAAAAACCGGCAAGAGAUGGAAGACAUGGUAUUGGAUAUUGUCUUUUUGGAUGGAUUGGAGUCAAAGGAGGGCUUGCUGGAUUAUGUGUACAGGGAUGUAACCAUGGAAAUACAGAGACUCAUGGGGAAAGACUUAGCAGUUUGAUUUCUCAAAUGGUUGCUGAAAUCUGGAAGAGUAAAAGAGACAAUGUGUUGAGAAACAGAUGUGUUGAAACUUAGACUAAUGUGUACAGCCACAGGAGAAAGACAGGACACACACACACACAGUGCAGAACAGCCUUUCAUGUUAAAUCCAUUUGACUUUUACUCCUGUGAGGUAAAUGUUGUUUACAUAGUUUUUUUACUUAGAAAGUAUUUUUGCAAUCUACAGUACAUUUGUUUUGUUCAAUCUAUAAUGGUUAUGUACAUAGUUAAGGAGUGCAAAGUUUAUAAGCAGUGCAGACUCUUAACUAAUGUUAAUACUGUAUCUUUCUCUGUUAUACUGCAGUGUUAAAAAAAUAUUGUGGACACUGAUGUAUGUUCCUGAGUAGUGCCAUGGCAGGAAAUUAAUUGAUUAAAAGGUUGCUGAAGUGUG